AGGACGGACCCGCUAUGAGAGCCACAUCAGCCUGCUCUGCCAUGCUUCUCUUCUUCCUUAUUCAAAGGACGUGCACAGCCAAGCGAGUGGGCGGCGGCGGCCGCUUGGCCAACGCCACAUUGGUGCGCCUCUCUGAGUUUUUGAGCGCCGGCUACAAGAAAGGGGUGCGACCGGUAAAAGACUGGCGGACGUCCACCCUGGUGGCCAUCGACCUGAUGGUCUAUUCCAUCCUCAAUGUGGAUGAGAAGAACCAGGUCUUGACGACGUACGUGUGGUACAGACAGUCAUGGACGGAUGAAUUCCUCGUCUGGAAUCCCCAAGACUUUGACCAGGUCAAACAAGUUUCUCUCCCGACUGCCAACAUCUGGGUGCCGGAUAUCCUCAUCAAUGAGUUCGUGGACGUGGGGAAGUCCCCCGACAUCCCGUACGUCUACGUGAGCCACGACGGACUGGUGCGCAACUACAAACCCAUCCAGGUGGUCACCGCCUGCACGCUCAACAUCUACAACUUCCCUUUUGAUGUCCAGAAAUGCAGCCUGACCUUCCAGAGCUGGCUCCACACAAUUGACGACAUCAACAUCACGUUGAUGCGCAGCCCCGAGGAGUUGAGGGAGGACAAGAGCGUCUUUAUGAACCAAGGAGAGUGGGAGCUGCUGCACAUUCUGUCCAACUACAAAAUCUUCAGCGUGGACGACGACGACUACUACGCCGAGAUGAAGUUCCACGUGGUGAUCCGGCGCCGUCCGUUAUUCUACACGGUCAACCUGUUGCUGCCGAGCAUCUUCCUCAUGGUGAUGGACAUCGUGGGCUUCUAUCUGCCACCUGACAGCGGUGAGAGAGUUUCUUUCAAGAUCACCCUGCUGCUGGGAUACUCGGUCUUCCUCAUCAUCGUAUCCGACACUCUGCCCGCCACCGCCAUCGGAACGCCGCUGAUAGGCGUGUAUUUUGUCGUUUGCAUGGCCCUCCUGGUGAUCAGCCUGACGGAAACAGUGUUGAUCGUGCGUCUGGUCCACAAGCAGGACCUACAGCCCCCUGUGCCCCACUGGCUGAGGUACUUUGUUCUGGAGAGAGCUCCGGUCCUCUUCUGCAUCCGCAAGAAGCACCGGCUGUGCUCCAGACUGUCCCCUCAGGCCUCGGAUAUGGACGAUGACGACGACUACAAGGGCGAGAACCGGGCGCUCCGUCACACCUGCGAGAUUGGCCGGCGGCACCAGAGGGAAGCCGCCGCGCUGGCUCGGGGCCUGCCCCCCCACAGGGAUCCCGUGGUGAGUGACAUCCUGCAAGAGGUGACGGCCAUACGCAACUUCCUGGAGAAACGAGAUCACGGCAACGAGGUGGCCAAGGAGUGGCUGCAGGUGGGCUAUGUUCUGGACGUAAUGCUUUUCAGAGUCUACCUGCUGGCCGUGGUGGCCUACAGCAUUACGCUAGGCACGCUGUGGUCCGUGUGGCAAGUGGCCUGACGCCAGAAUGUUUGGGCUCCGUGGCAAAGAGAAAAGGAGUUUGGAGGCAGCCGCUUUAUCCACUUGUCACUCAUUUAUGAAAUCGCAAUGCCUCCCCCAUACAUUAUUUAGGAAGUCACAUUAUCAACGGCCAAAUUAUUUAUCAAGUGUGUCAUGACCACGAUGCUCUCUUACCGUGGUCGCGAUAGGCUGCUGACGACGUUGUAGUUCCCUCCCCCAGCCAGAGAGCGGCGCUGUCGCUGUGCAUUUCUCCGUUGAAGUCCUGGCUGGCUCCUUAAUGAUUUUAGUCCAGAUGACUUUCAAUGAAAUAAACUGAUUUUAGUGUGCUUUAUAUGUCGUUACACAGCAGUUUCAACUCACCAGCUUGUCGUCAUUUGAUAAAAGUAUUUUACGGUUUUGUGAAAAACAAACGAACAUUCUUUUCACCAAAUUCAAUGAAAUUAAUGUUAACCUUAGAAUGAGCAUCAAAGGUCCAGACCAAAGUUGAUGGCUUACCUCAAAAUAUUAAAUGACGCAGACUUACUC